AUGGAGGAUAACUUGGGAGCAAUCACAACACCGCUACCAGUUAAAGCAAUUAUCGGCGUGCUGACAGUGGAACCCAGUCUCCUACCAACCGUUUAUGCAGCACUGACACAUCGCCUCGGACCCAUUGAUUACACAAGUGAAUUGAUGCCUUUCACGAGCACAACCCACUACGAGACUGAAAUGGGACCAGACGUCCAACGACAAUUUAUCAGUUUUGAAAGACUUAUCGAUGCCGGUACGCUGGCAGAAAUGAAGUUGUUCACAAGUAACGUGGAGCAAGUUUUUGCUAUAAAAAAGUCCGAAGGAGACGCGCGGCGUGUCAAUUUGGACGCGGGUUACAUUUCCUUGGCAAAACUGGUGCUUGCGACAACGAAAAACCAUGCCCAUCGUAUCUACCUCAGCGAUGGUAUUUAUGCCGAAAUUACACUCCGCUUCUACCGCAAAACGUUCCAACCGUUGGAGUGGAGUUAUCCCGAUUACCGGUUACCAACAUACAUCGCGAUUUUUAACCACAUUCGCGUAAUCUAUAGGAAUCAAUUAGAGGAUGAAGAAAUUUCUUAA